GAUUUAUCCAGACAACGGCUUCUGUCCUUCCGAGAGAUACUGGAGAUUUGUCAUCUGUUGAUCCCAUGGUGCUGGAACAAUAUGUGGUGGUGGCUGAUUACCAGAAGCAAGAGAGCUCUGAAAUUAGUUUGUGUGCUGGCCAAGUUGUAGACAUAAUUGAGAAGAAUGAAUCUGGCUGGUGGUUUGUAAGUACAUUGGAAGAACAAGGAUGGGUUCCCGCAACAUGCCUAGAAGUCCAGGAUGGUGCCCAGGAUGAAUUUUCAAUGCAAACUGAAGAAGUCUCAUGGAGAUACUGGUCUCUUCCCAGACAUGUGGGUCGCCGUCGGACUCUUGGGGACUUGUACACCAGUGGAUGGGGUCAAGAGAAGUAUAUGGUGAUCUACCCAUAUGCUGCUCGGGAUCCAGAUGAAAUAAACCUGGACAAAGGAGCUACUGUGGAGGUGAUCCAGAAGAAUCUGGAGGGAUGGUGGAAAAUCAGAUAUCAGGGUCAGGAGGGCUGGGCCCCAGCAUCUUACCUGAAAAGAGGGAGCGGAGACCUACUUACAUCAAAACUGGGAUCUGCAGCUUCAGCCCAUUCACACGCCUUAGAUAUGGAUGGGCUUUCUCGUCAGCAGAACUCGCCAGGUCGAGACAAGGAUGGACUGAGUAAUCAAAGAGAUGGAAGAUAUGAUGGCCGCCCUUUGCCCAAUGUGGACCUCCAACGAAAAUCACCAAAGAUGAGGCAAAGACCCCCUCCUCGUCGAGAUCUCACAAUACCACGGUGUGUCAAUCUGCCAAAGCCUCCAGUGCCCCCACAGGUGGAAGAAGAGUAUUACACCAUUGCUGAUUUCCAGACCAUCAUCCCUGAUGGGAUCAGCUUCCAGGCAGGACUGAAAGUAGAGGUAAUUGAGAAGAACCUAAGUGGUUGGUGGUAUAUUCAAAUUGAGGAGAAGGAAGGCUGGGCACCAGCUACUUUCAUUGACAAAUACAAGAAAACUAGCAAUGCGUCUAGACCUAAUUUCUUGGCCCCGUUACCAAAUGAGAUGGCACAGCUACGGCUUGGUGACAGCACAGCAGAGAACAGCUCUAAUGGAGAUCCUGCUGGGCCAUCUCGACCUCUGCCUGAAGCACCACCUAAUGGUAUUGAAUAUGGAAUCAAAUGGAAAGGAAAGGAGAUGUCCCAAGAUGCUUUGCCUGAGAACAGUGAUGCUUCUUUGUGUGUUGGAUAUGAAGAAAUAGGUGAUCGGGAUAUGGAAGAGAAACCAAGUCUCCCUCCAAGAAAGGAAUCCAUAAUUAAAUCAGAAGAAGAAUUAAUGGAAAGGCAAAGGUUGGAGCAGCGGCCACCUCCAAAACCUCCUGGCAUGAUUUUACCUGUGGUUCCCCCAAAACAGAUUGUGCCUCCAAGGGACAAGAAGCCAGAGCUCAAAACAGAGAAGGGAAAAUUGUUCCAGUUGAAAAAUGAAAUGGGUCUUGAGUGCGGACAUAAGAUUUCUCCAAAAGAAAUAAAGAAGCCUAACCUCCGGCCCACGGUCAAGCCAAUGAAACCAAAGAUGGAGCCCCCCGAGGAUAAGCCUGAAGCAGCUACCCCAAACUUUUUUCUGAAAUCAAAACCUCAGAUCAAACCGAAGCCAGCACCUGCUCCUAGGACAGAUCCUCCUCAGUCAGAGAACAAAUUAGACCUUUGCAACCUGAGGAGCAAACUCAAGCCUGCAAAGGCUCAAGAGAAGCUGUCAGAGCAGGAUCCUGUGAUUAAUGAGAGUGCCUUCAGUAACAGUGGACUUCCAGUAGAAUCUUCUGCCAAAUCUCAGGAAAAGCCCAACAUGGAGAUUAGGCCUCCCUCUAGACCUGACAGCCAAAUCUUUAAGGAAGCUCCUUUCCCCAAAGUUCCUGUGGGUUCAUCAAAGCCAGGUGAAAAUGAACCCAAGAGCAGCUUUCCAGUACCUAGGGAACCCCCGCAACGUCCAGUAGUACCUCCUAGAAGGCCUCCACCUCCUAAGAAAUCAAGUGUGCCAGCACCCUCAGCUUCAUUUGCCCCCCCUGCAGAACAUAAAGUCCCACAGAAGGAAGUGCCUGAAGUUCGAGCUAUCCCAGUGUCUGGUAGACCAAUAUUGGUUCCACCAAAAGCCAAAGCCUUCCUGCCGUGUCCUGGCCAAGAGGAAACCAAAACAAAAAGCAGCUCAGGCCAAAAGUCAUUGCCCAAGCCUGUGGAGAAGGAAAGAUUAUCCAUUCCAAUUACCAGCCUGGAUGUCUCCAAAGAAGCCCUCUACGUGGCUGUGGCAGAUUUUGAAGGAGAUGAAGAAACUAGCAGUUUUAAAGAAGGGACUGUUUUUGAAGUCCGCGAGAAGAAUACCAGUGGCUGGUGGUUUUGCAAAGUCCUCACAGCAGGGCCGUGUUGGGAAGGCUGGAUUCCUUCCAAUUAUCUCCGAAAAAAGCCAUAGUCCUGUUGUUCCUUUUGCAUUACAGCAGCUCAACCAGCCCCAUUUUAGUACUGCAGUAUUUAAUUAGCUUAUUUAUAGUUCUUCAUAAGGCCAACUCUAUUAGAAGCAACAAAAAGCAAAGUAUCUGGGAUGCCAAACAUUCCAAUUUGGGUAUGUCUCCAAAAUGAAUUGCAAGAGGAAACAUGCCAUUGUGUACUAGCAUACCUAGGCUACUCUUCCUUCUGUAGGUAAUUCAUUUCUUGAACAAUUUUCACAGAAAAAAAGGAAAGUGAGAAGAAAGAGAGCCACUUUUUCAGCAUCAUGUGCCAUUUAAUGUCUAAGAAGCUUCAUGGCAAGGAGAAUAUAUAAGUAAUACGAUUCCAUAAUAGGUACUUAGGUGCAAAGAGCUGUCCCAGUUGUCGUUGUUCAUUAUUUUAGUCUUCUGUCUCUGUAUUUCCCUCUGAUAUGAACAAUGCAUCUGCCAUAGCUCCCCUUUAUAUGACAGCCAGUGUUUUUAUGUCAGCACCAUGUUUGAAGAUUUGCUAAUGAAGUUCAAUGUACUCUCUGCAAUGCAGAUCUCUGUCUCACUUGGAUUUCUCAGUAUCUUAAUCUCGUUUCAGUAAAUGUCGAGGGCAUGGCGUACAGGUUAUCCAUGUCCAUACGGUUGGUGCUGCAUCUUUGAGACUUGCUCUGCCAAACUUUUAUCUACAUCUGCAAAUAAGUCUUCUGACCCUUCUAGAUUUUGGCCCAUCUUGUCUAAAUCUAGAAGAUAACAGAAUGGGAACCCUCCAGGUUCAAACUCAGCCUUUCUCAGAAAGUCUUUAACGUUAAAGUUGGACUAAAGGAAAUUUACAAAGAAUUUACCUCAGCCUGUGGUCUCUUCCUCAUAUAUUUUACUGUGAGAGCUUUUUCAGAAAGCUUGUUUUCCUACUUUUGUGUUUCUUCAGAAUGUGAACUAAAUUGGCAACGUCUUUUGAAACAUGCAACCAGGCUAAAAGAAUGGCACACUCUUAAGAGCUAUAUGAAUUGUUUGAAUUAUCUUAGGCAAAGUCCUGUUUAAAUCCUGGGUCAACUAGUAACAGAUUAUGGCAAUUGUAGUGACGUGAACUGGAUCUAGAAAUGCAUGAUGUCAAGAACCAUUUAAAUAAGACGUAUUUCAAUUUUGGAGCUACAGCCAAGAGGCAGAAGAUUGAUAAAUAUGAAGAUUAACUGUGUGGAACUUGUUCUACUAAAAUAAGCAGGGGGCUACUCAUUUCUGUAUACUUAAAGGGACAAGCAUGAUUAAAAUAAAUAUGCUUGCCUUUUUUCUUUUUUAUUUCAUACAUAGAAAUAUGUGAAAUGAGAACAUGCCAAAAAGUGAUAGCUUCUCAUUUACAGCGGUGACAAUUUUUAAACAAUUGAUGAUGCAGAGAUUUUAACUACAACGUUUUCAGUAAUUCUCAGUUACGGUGUGGUUUGAGGGUGUAGGUAGAAUCUGGUAUGCAGAAAUUAACCAUACAAUUUGUGUUGAAAAGAUUUUACAGGAAAGGGAAAAAAAUACUAGUUUUAAAAAGACAAUACAGCAUUUGUGUUACAGGAAUUUGCCUACCGUGUUUCCCUGAAAAUACAACCUGUCCUGAAACUAAAGCCUUGCCACAUUUUUCGUGU